AUGGUUACAGAGACGCGAAGGCCGUCAGAAGCUAGGAAGAUCAGCGAAGCCAGCAAGGCCAGCAAGGCCAGCAAGGCCAGCACGGAUGCAGAUACGGAAGAGCCGGCGAAGCGCGAGAAAUCCCUAGAAAAAAAUAGACUGGCUGCAGGCCGAUGUAGACAAAAGAGGAAACAGCUAGCCGACGAGCUGCAGAACCGGGCGAGAGAGGAGAGG